AUACAACACCAAGCGCGGGCGAAAGAAGGAGAACGGAAGGGAAGAAAAAAGAAAGAUGAAAACGAAUGAACGAACGGUGUGUGGUUCAAAAUGCUAUUAUUUCUAGUUACAAUCGUUAUAUCCAGUGCUUCCAGCUCUCACUUCUUCAAAUCCGCCGCUAAGUUCAGGAGCGAGCGAGCGAGCGAGCGAGCGCACCCGCACUCGCUAUAUUUUAUUGUUUUUGUUUUUCUCUCGUUUUAUACUUCUCUUUUUUUCUGUACACGUAUAUACAAAAUCCUUCUCUAUUAUUCCGCCACUCCGCACUACGUUUAUGUUGCCGUUUGCCCUGCGUUUUCUAUGUGCUCUCGCUAACUUUUCGUUUGGUAUUCGAUAGCAAUAUUUUAUUUUUCUGCCAACGAACAAAGUGAAAUGUUUUAGACUCGUUUUCCUCUAUUUUCUUCCUUCUCGUCGACGUUGAAUUUUAAGAACGAAGAUGUCGUCUUCGCCGUCGUCAUCGCUGUUGUCUUGGCGAAUCAUUUUAGAGCGAACCGAUGCGCGCACGAGAGCAGGCGUUUCAGUGAAAUGAAAUUUCAAAAUUUCAGUUUCAAAAAUUUAUCGGUUCAGCGCGAGGGUACACACAGCGAAUACCACAGGGAAACAUUUCUUUCGUCGAUUGUACAUAAAGAAAUGGAUGCGCGCAUACCAACAAUAUGUACGGAUUCUAUAUCCAUCAGCGAUCAGCAUCUCGUUGCAUAAAUAUUGAAGCCGAUGGAUGAUGGAAACGGUAAAGGCGAACGAAAGAAAAACGACUUUUGCACUAGCAAAUAAAAAAUACAACACACAAACACACACACACACACACACAUCGACACAGAAAGGGAAACGACGAGAAAAAUAUGAGCACUAAGACAUAAAACUAUUUCGCAAUGUGAACAAUUUGCCAUUUUAUUCGGGCGAGGGGAUAAAAAUCGAUAUGAUAUGAAUUUUAUGACGACGAUAGAAAACGAAAGAACAAAAAAAAAAUAAACUGUAAGAAUGGCGAUAAGGAACCAAUGCGAAAGAUUAUUUCAUGACUUAGACAUAAGUGGCUAGAGUUGUAUGUUGUGCGUAGGCAAGUUUGCGAGAGAGAGAGAGAAAAAGAACACAAGAGCUGGAGCUAGCUCACUCACGCUCUCGCUCGCUCGCUCGCGAAGCUCAGAACAAAGCGAGAGAAAAAAAAAAAAGAAAUUAUUUAUACAUUUGUUAUCUUUGUGGCAGAGUGAACAAUUCCAGAAAGAUUAUUAUAUUAGUGGUUUUUCCAUAUUUGCUCAUGUACGCCUUCUACGAGUCUAAGUCGAAAAGGAUUCGUGUAUGAAUCGAGUCGUAGUCACACAAACAGCUACGAUAUUCUAUGAAAAAUGACGAAUUUUUGGUUCCACCCAAUUCCAAAUCAACAUCAUUUCCUUUCCGUUCAUUCUCUCACUCACACACAGUGCCAUUGCCACACUCGAAAUUCAAUUAUAGCAAUAAAGCAAUACAUUUCAGAGAUCAACUUCUUAGCAAUAUGUAGUGAGCUUUAAAAUCAUAUUCCCAUUUAUUUAACUCGUUCAGUUUUUGAAGCAGUGGGAAAAAUGAAACAAAGCGAAAAAAACAGAGUAAAAAGAAGCGAAGAGAAAGAGAGUGAGCGCAUUUGCGUUGGCAAAGAGUUAAAUAUGAGGAGGGCGAUGAAAUAAGCAUCGAACCUUAUUAAAUGUUGAAGAUGUAGUUUAAAUAGUAAUCGAAUCGUUGCGAUUACCACCACACGGACACAGAAAGCUAAGCAGUGAACGUCGACGAAACGCGCGCGCUACAGCAUUCCAUACAAAUCGCAUUCAACAGCAAAACUAAUACAUAAAAUGCUGUACACGCACUUUAUGUUCAUUUUUUUCGGGAGGAAAAAAAGAAGUGAGCUCCAAACAAAUGCCCGACGCAUUUUGCAACACUGUAACAAAGCAAACGAGUGUGCUGAGUAUGAGCGAGAGCGCGAGAGAAAGGGAGAGACAGAGUGAAAAAUCCCGUGGAAAACAUUACAUUCAAUAGAAAAAGCAGAUGUCUCGCAUACCAAUAAAGAACAACUAACAGUUUAACGAAACGCAGAUACAGGCAAUUUUUUCAAUGUGUUCCCUUUUUUCGCCCUGGUGGUGUGCCGCACGGUUUUCAAUCCAAAUAUUUCUCCGUUUGACUGAUUUCUCUGUCUCCUCCAACUAUUUGCAUGCUAACGAAGAAAAAAAAAAUGUGCCUUACCAUCAGCGACGAGCAUUGCUGAAUAGCAACAGCAGCAUCAACAUCUCAGCAGUGAUACUGGUGCUGGUGCGUCCGUGUGUACGGCGGCUAAAGAAUAAUGGUGGUGGUUUACACCGCAGCGGUGUGAGUCAAUUUACACACUUUUUUCCACUUUUUCCCUUCAACAACCAAUACACAGAAUGUGUGACGGCCGCAAAAUGCGAAGGGGCAAUCACAUGGCAAUGUUAUUGUACAUAGCUCACUCUCACUCGAUCAGCGACGGAUGGAUUCGAUUCCACUUGCUAAACACUGUGUAAACACGGAUGCUGUGUCUAACUGUAACACUUCAUCACAUUCUCGCGGCCUGUAUAUUGCAUACAUAGUUUGGUUUGCUCUCGUUUGCGUGCAAUUUUAGGGACGAUAGAAAGAGCGAGAGCGAGCGAGCGAGCGAGUGUAUUGUACAACUAAUCGCAAGCAUGUGGAUAAAGUGGCGAGCGUGCUCUCGCAUACAUACACACCACCGCAGUCAAAAAAAUCUAUGUACCAUUUUGUUGAGCAAAAACGACAAAGCAAAAAAUUCACGGCACACACACACACACACUAUGGCAGAAAAAAAUUGGUUGCGUUUAGCACGGUCGGUGGGUCGCGAGAGCGCGCGACAACAAAGGAACAUAGUAAAAGCGGAGAAAAAAAUGUGAACGCGAGCCGAGAAGAGCAUUUUUAUGUUUAUGAUUUCGCAGCCAGUGGAAUACCGCUAUAUUUUGCGUUGCGUACGGCUUGAAGCAUGUGUGCAUUGGAAGAAAUGGUGUGCUGUAUGAAUGGAAGGCUCGUCGCAAUCCUACCCACAUGAUGCUUCUUCUCUUGAACGGUGUGUUCACCGUUUGCCCAUACACACAAUGAACAUUAGUAACGAUUGUGAGUGUAUUGUUUUUCCACAUUUUUAUGUGCUCGUUCACGACAAUGUGCUCCGACUCCGGCUCUCUGUUUUUCGCUCGCUAUGUACAGCGCGCAAGGAUCAACGCGAUUCAAUUCAGUCAGAAGGUUAGCGAGUAAAAUUUGUACGAAAUAAAAUCUAACUGAUUCCUCCGCCGGCCGAAAAAGAAUAAAUGAAUAGUAGAAGUAUGGGCAAAAGAGCGUGGCGGAAGAGCUCGCUAAACUAUACUUUGAUGGCGCGCGCGCGUAUGCCGUCGACUCUUUGGAAUAGUCGCGCGCGAGAUGAGUGAGAGCACAGCAUAAGCAUCAGUAGCAGCGGUGGCAGUGGCGGCGGAGGCGACAACGGCAACAGCAUCAUUCGAAUAGAAAAAUGUAGCAACAAACGCGAAUUGAAUGUGGCAGUUUUUAGAGGGUACAUGUAGGCGGUGUUAGAAAUUUUUUGAUGGUGCUGGUCCAUUAUCCAUCGUGAUUGUCGCGCGCGCUCUACUCUACUCUCACUCGCAUCGGCUCACACACAAUUUUUUGGCAUUGCGUAUUGCCGAUUGUCGAGUGUAUGCGUGCCAAACAGACAUUCAUUAUUCACUCUCUCGCUCUCCCAUUCGCUCUGUGCUCUAUCUAUGAAUCGCUUGUGUAUUGGGCUAAGCUCUCAAAGCAACUAACUUUACACGUUGCACACACAUACAAAUUGAAGCACACGUCUGCUCGUAACGCCGACAGUAUCAACACUGGAGCACACAAAAAUCCGACGAGGAAAAAAAAGAGAGAAGAGAACUGCACGAUAGAACUACGGUUUUAUGUACACGUAAUAUAUCGAGAAAGGAAAAGAAAUGACGGGAAAAAAAGGCAGCAGAAACGAAACGGCAUAUUAUACGUACACACAGUGAUACGACGAGAACGAGAACAAGGCAUACCGAAAUACAUGCGAUUUUAAUAUAUAUAUAUAUAUAUAUUAUUUUUCUCUCGUAUUCUCGCGCGUUCUGUGUUGUGUGUCAGCUCUCGUGCUGGUGGCUGAGUUUUAGCGAGAGAGAAAAAUACAAAACCAUCAUAACAUUUGCUGCAAAAGAUUUCGAACCGUCGCGGCAGUCAAACGGAAUCCUUGACGGCGGAAUAACUACUGGAGUCUAUCAUCACGACUCGAAACAAAAAGAAAACAUAACAAACAAAGUGAUUUAGAGAGAAAACAACGUGUUAAACAUUUUUGAUUCACACUAAAAUGAACUGAAUUCCGCGAAUUUUAUCAAAAUGUAUACAAAAGUGAUUAAGACUCAAAGAAUCCACAAACUAUAUCGGACAAUGUAGAAUUGAAAGUGAAGAGAAAACAAUAACAAGAACUUUAAGUGUAGACGAUUUUAAUUUGAUCUUUAUUGAAAAGAAAUCGAAAAAAAUCGACCGUUUGAUUUCGAUAAAUUAGUCUCCAGGAUUGAAUUGAAUGACAUUUAUAUUCAAUUCAAUUUUAUAACACGAGACAAGCUGUGCCAACAACAUAAUAUCGUGCAUUCAAAACGCACUUUGAAACUUAAUGAACAAACUUACGAUAAACAUUGUGAUCUAAUACGCAUAUAUAUAGAAAAAAAACUCUUAAAAAAGGAAACACGAAAUUGACUCACGUCAAAUUUCCCCUCGGAUAUCAUUUACUUAAAAACAAUAUUUUUAUUUCUUAAUUGAACACGAACAAAACGUUUAUUGAUCAAACGGUUUACGCGCGCGCGAUCGCGAUUCCUUGCAAUUUGUCUCGAUUGAAACGGAAUUUCAAAUUCAUUGUCAAUACUUUUUUUCCAUUGUGAUUUUUUUUUACGUUUGUGAUCUUUUUUUAUUUUUUAAUUAUUUUAACGUUAAUUUAAAAACCAAAAAGAAACUAGUGUUUUUGUGUGAACCGGAAAAGAAGUAGUCAGAAGGCAAUUCGCAAAUCCGAUCCACAGAACUACAAUUGAGAACAAUUUAAAUACAGAAAAGUAAAAGAAAUUAUCCGCGCUGGAACGAAGGAAAUCAUUAAAACGAAGAAACAUGGUUGACACUCAGCAUUUUUGCCUACGAUGGAAUAAUUACCAGAGUAGCAUCACAUCAGCAUUCGAGAAUUUGCGCGACGAUGAGGAUUUCGUCGAUGUCACAUUAGCCUGUGAUGGCCGCAGUUUGAAGGCACAUCGUGUCGUUCUAUCGGCAUGCAGCCCAUAUUUUCGUGAAUUGCUCAAGAGCACACCAUGCAAACAUCCAGUGAUUGUGCUACAAGAUGUCGCAUUCAACGAUUUACAUGCAUUGGUCGAGUUUAUCUAUCACGGCGAGGUAAAUGUUCAUCAACGCUCGCUCAGCUCAUUCUUGAAAACGGCCGAGGUACUUAGAGUGUCUGGACUAACACAACAACAGGCUGAAGAAACACACAACCUAGCGCAAAUUCAAAGCCUUGGCAAUUCUGGCGCCCGCACACCGAUCAGCCAUCAUCCAAGUUUCACAGACAAAAUGGUCGAAGAUGCUCUAUUCCCACAAGGUGUUUCUCCGCCACCACAUCUGAACAACUUACACUCGUCAAAUGCCCAUUCAGGUGCAACCGUGAAUCAGCUAUUGCGACGUGCAGCAGCUGCAGCUGCAUUGCGUCGUGAACGCAAUAAUUCCAGUCAAGAAGAGCUGUCGUUGAAACGUCAACGGUCCGACAAUGGCAACAAUAACAGUCCAGAUGUCAUCAGUCACAUGCCACAAGUCACCGCUGCCGAUUUUUCCACCAUUAAACACAACAACAACAACACGCCUCCCAUGAAAGAUGCUGAACGCGCCGAAGACUACUCCUCAGAAAAUCCGAAUAACAUGAGCAACAACAACGCAUCAAAUGGCAAUGGAUUAUCGUCAUCAUCAACUGACAAGGACAGUCUUACACCGUCACCGCCGAAUCGUUUGAACGAUAACGUCAAAUCCGAACCCAUGGAACUCGUCUGCAGCAAUCACAAUCUAGCAUCCGAUGAACAAAGCAACGACUCGGUCGGUGACCACGACAUCAAAUACUUGGGCGGCAACGAUGGCAAAGGAUCACUCAGCUCAAAUAAUGACGACGACAUUGAUAACAGCAUACAUUCACACACUGCACCGCCAUUUUUACUGGGAGAAAAUAAACUCUUCUCAACACCGGGCUCAUUCAAUUUCUCAAUGGCUGCACUCGCCGCUGAUCCCAACACUCUUGCCGGUAACCAUCAUUUUGUUCAUGGAUUGAAUCAUUUGCAAUCAGCUGCUGAACUUGCCGGAUCUCCACAAGGAUGUUCGCCGAAGAAAUUGUUUUCGUGUCAGCUGUGUGGUAAGGUGCUGUGUUCGAAGGCAUCGUUGAAACGACACAUCGCCGAUAAGCAUGCGGAACGCCAGGAAGAGUAUCGUUGUAUCAUAUGUGAGCGUGUGUAUUGUUCCCGUAAUUCGUUGAUGACACACAUCUACACAUAUCACAAAUCACGGCCGGGUGACCAUCAAUUGGAAAUGAAAGACAUAAAAUUUUUCUAAAAUCAUCUUUAUUAUUUACACGUAACACCACGAGAGACAGAAAUAGAAAAGGAAGCGUACACGUGUGUACUUCGGAAUGAGAGAAAGGGAGCAAUGACAGAACGAAUCGAAUGAACGAAUAGAAUUUAUUCAUUUUGUUGAUAGAAAUAAUUAGAGAAACGAGAUUAAGAAGCGUACAAUCAAAAUACGAACAGAAGCAACGGAAAACGAACGAAAGCAAUACGAAACUAUCGACGGUUUCGCAUAAAUACAGCAAAAACAAUUGAUUAGGAAAGUCAGCGCUCAAAAAGACAGUCAAUUUCAUGACACAAAAAACAUUCAAAUGGAAUCGAAGCAAAUUUUCCAUUGAACAAUUCUUUCCUGCAUCAAUCAAAUUCUAUUUAGAAGAAGAAGGAGAAGAUGAAGACAUACAAUCAAUUUAGAACUACUAAUCUUAUACAUAGAGAAUUAAGGAGAAUCUCAAUAAGCCUUAAAAGACACGCAAUCAUCUUAAGCAGAUAUACUGAAACAAUGAAACGACGAAUUACUCGCUCGCUCACUCACUCAGCAGCAUCGAAACGUUCGUUCCAUACAAAGUAACGGCAAAGAAAAAGAAAGAAAUAAGCAAAUCAAUCGUUUACUUGAACUGAAUUCAACCGCAGCUAGCAACAACCUCAAACACAGACACAUACACACAAACACCCAUUCAAUUUCCCUUGUGCACAGAUGCUCAUAUUUCACAUCACAGCGAAUUCAACCGGUUGCAGAGAUCGUUGGUCAAGCGCGUGCUCGCUCACUCAAUCAAAUCACCGUCGUUAGCCAUUCAUUCAAUCAAAUUGAUCGCCAAAGGUUAGAAAAUAAAACAAAAUCAAACAAACAAAUCCAAAACUCAAAAUGCCAAAGCAAAUCUUCCUCUCUCUCUCUCACACACUUUCCUUUUGUAACUUCUACAAUAUUCUAGAACAUUUUACUCAACACAAAACCAACUUUGUGCAUUCUUCUCUCUCUCUCUCUCUCUCUCUCUCUCUCUCUCUCUCUCUCUUUCUCUGUCUAAUUCUCUCACUCUGCGUAUGAACCUUAGGUACCAAUUUAGUUACGAUAGUUCUCCUUCUUCUCUUCUUUUACCUAUCGCAUUUACUUUGCAUACGUUUUCUUUUCACUGAAAUUUUUUCUUUCAAUUGCCAAACAAUUGAAACGUAUCACGAUUUGCCUCUGUAUACAUUUUCUGCUCGAUUCAACACAAACAUUUCAAACAGAGCCUUUAGUUUUGUGAACUCUUUUUUGAACCAGCAAUUAGUUCUAUUCUUGUAACAUCUAUUUGAUCGAAAUUGUAUAGUAACAUUUUUUUGGCGCACGUAUUUCACUAACAAACCCAGUUAUGCUGCUAUGAAUUUUAAAAUUUGCUCCUAUUUUUGCAACAAUUAAAACAACAAAAAUAGAGAGAUGCACUUUGGCCGGCGAUCAUUCGGGCAAUCGAACGACAAAACACACACCAAUCGACCGAAUUAUCAACGCAAAGUGCAUCGCGCAACGUGUAAUACCUUUUUUUGACUAACCACUUUCUUUUUGGGCUGCCAUUCCUUCUUUAUAUGCUAUAAAUACAAUUGAAGCUGUUCUGUCUCCUUCUCUCAUUCUCUUCUAUCUCGCAGUAUUUCUCACACACUCUCUCUUUAAUCCUUCUACUUCACGCACUAUUUUUUGGACAUAAUUGAUCUCUCUACAUUUUCACUUUGUUUGAUAUAUUUGCUGAUGCUGCUGCUUUUACAAAAAAAAAAACCAAUCAAUUUAUAUCUCUGGAUGAUUUGAUCUCGCUCCCUUUCUACAAUAAUUUUGCAUUCUUCUCUUCGCACAAUCAACGAGUUUACAGUUUUUUUAUAAAGUCGCAACAAAAAAAAAAUAUUUCUUAGGCCUGCUAACGACAAAUUACUCUUUUUACUACUUUAAUUUCGGUUGGCUUCUUUUUUCUAUAUCAUUUUAGAGUGUGAUAAUUUUUGUUUUUUUUUUCUUUCUCUCUCACUCUUCUAAUAUAAUCAAAUAAAGCGGAUGUAAUUUAUAUCGCAUAUAUAAUAUACUAUUCUAGUUUUUAAGCCAAAAUACAUUUAUCGCCUAUCGCUCUGAUAUUUAGAACAAUUUCUCACUGUCUCCGGGCAAAUAGGAAGCAGAAUAAGGGCCAUUCUGUUUAAACCAAACAAAAAAUAUAUAUCAGCUCUUUCGUUUUAUUCCUCUUUUUUUUAAUCAAAUCAUAUUGUAUUAAAAAUAUCAUUUCAACGUUAAAACAACGGUUAAAAAAAAAUCUUUCGUUUAUGUUUCUUGGCUAUUUCGUUCCUUGUUUUGAUCAAACUUUAGUAUUUCCAUUUCUUUUCCAUUGAGUUUUCGGUUCCUUUGUGUUCCCUUGGGUUUUAUUUCUUCUUAUUCCAUCGUUUUCCAUCAUCGUGCUCAAAAACACACGCGCGCUCUUGAGCUCGUGAUCAUCCUUUUUAUUUACUUUUAUUUUCUCCGUAGUUUAGUCGAAUGUUUUGUCUGUCACUUUUUAAAAAAACAAAUUCUGUUGUUUGCUUGAACAAAUUUAUUGCAUGAAAUCGAUCCGAAAUUUCGUUGUAGCUAUCGAUUGUUGUAAAAAAAUAAAUCCGUAGACCGUUUUGUAAAAAUCGAAAACAUUUCCACAGCAAGAAAAAUAAAACUAAAGUCCAUGUGUUAAUGUAAGUAAUGAGGUGAUUAUCAAGCAAUUGAUAUUGAAACCUUGCGUUUUUUUCUUUUGACAUGCAUUUUUCUUCGGCGCAUGCGUGUUCUUCGGUUUCAAUUUUUUUUUUAUUGAUUCAACUUUUCUGUUUUUUUUUUCUUUCCUACUUAUUUACCUGUUUUCCUAACUGAUCUGUUUUUGAAUCCGUGUUUUGUGUAGGUAGGUACAUCAUUAUUUAUUCAUUUCACCGAAGGAUUUAAUUUAGAUGAUGUGUACGAUCACAUUCACAUUUUACCUAUUCUUCCCCCUCCAGAACAAUAUAUCACAUCGCUCCGAACUCAUUAUCGCUCAUUCAAAUGUUCUUUUAUUUUAUUUUUAUUUUGCUUUUUUUUUCAUCCGAUCAAUAUUUCUUUUUGUGUUCGCGCGAUGUAAAUUUUUUUUUCUGUUAUUGUUGCCCGCACAUUCGAUGAUUCAUUCACACAUUCAACGAAACCAAACCAAAAGAAAAAUACAAAUCAAGCAAUUGUAUUGUAACUAACACAUUUUUAUAUGCCUCAGCAAAAGCUUCUGUUAAAAAAAAAAACCGAAAAAUUGUUUGUGCAAGUUUUGUUGUUGUCGUUGUGCAUCGAAUGUAUCGGCCGUAUUAUCUAAGUUAAGUGCUUCGUGUCAAUGAAUAAAUAAUGCCAUUUUGUCUGUAACGCUGUUUUGCAUGCUAAUCUAUUGUUGUUUUUUUUAUAAUUUUGGAUAUAGCUUGAAAAAUGAUUUCGAAAAUCGACUUUCUAAAACAAACAAAACGAGAAAAGAAAGCAGAAAAACAAGAAUAGAGAGGAAAAUCGUUUAUCAAAUUGUAAUUGAUUUAGCCAUGGAUUCAAAUCUGUGUGAGACUUUCUGAAAAGAAUUUUAUACUCUACUUUCCUCUUUAUACGCCACUCUGUGCGAAUGCUUCGUCUCCUUUUUUUUAAAUGUAGAAAAUGACAAAAACAAAAAUCAACUUUUUUUUUCUAAACCAAAAAAAAAAACGUUCCUUAAAUUCUCUUGAAAAUUGAAUCGAAAAAAAAAACAAACCAAAAAUUCUAGCAACAACAAAAAAAAUCCGAAAAAAAAGAAA